GGCGGUCGUUAGGCAAUGCCGUCGGUCAGACCAGCUUUAUUAGCGGAAGAGGACGAGGGUGUCAGGUGGGUACAGGGAAGUACACAGAGACUGCACCCGUGGAGGAAGUUGAGACAGAUGAAGCUCUUGCUUGUUCUUUUGUUGAUCACUUGCCUCGCCUUCCAGCAACUUGACGCUUGGCCGAGAUGGCGAAGAUUUCGAAUUCGCAUUCGCAUUCCAAGGCCAGGACCUAUUGGAAUGUUGCCGCGGUCAGCUGCAGGUAGAGAUGUCGCGAGAGACCUCGACACAGAUGAGGAUGAGCGAGACGUUCUCAACUUCGUGGAGGCUUCAGAUCAGAACGGUGACAGACUCCUCUCCGUUAAAGAGUUUAACGACAAACAGUAAUAAAUCAAUCGGAAUGUGCAGUUAUUAGGCUGAAUAAAGAAGAAAUUCCAAAACACCUGAAGUUUCAAAUAAAACUGAUUUCAACAAUA